AUGGAGGCAGAGGAGAUCCUGGCAGAGGCCGGGAGCAAGGAGGCUGCAAGCAUAGUGGCUAGCCUAGGUGCGUUGGAUGUGCUGGAGGUGUUUUCACCUCAGCGUGUGACAAAGGAGCUGAAGCGGUUCGGCAUGCGUGACGGAGCGGCGGUGGACCUAGAGGAGAUGAAGCCAGAUGGGUCAGAGAGGUGGAACCUCGACAGGCCAGAAGAUCAGAAGGAGGUGCUGGAGAUGAUUCAGGUGGAGGAGCCGUGGCUCCUGACGAGCUCACCGCCGUGCACUACGUUUAGCCCACUGAGGAACGUGUCCAAUGGCAAGAGGGACCCGGGCGUGGUGCAAGAGGAGGAGGAGCUUGGUAAGGCAAGGAUGAGGACCGCGAUGAAGGCGUGUGUGAGAAUGUCCUACAAGGUCGAGAAGUGCAUCGGCAUGUUCAUCUGGUGGGAGGUCUACCCCAAGGAGCUGGUGGAGGCAAUUCUACGUGGCCUGAGGAAAGAGCUACGAGAGAGGGGAGAGAUCAGUGCGGUGGAGGAGCAGUUGUCAGGCCCGACACCGGAUGAGUACGUCGAGCAGGAAGAGCUCUACAAGGAGGAGUUCGGCCAGUUUGUGGAUGAUGUGACCGGUACGGAGUUGCCGGCACACCUGGUGAAGGCGGCGCGAAAGGAGGAGCUAGGCUGGCUCCACAAGGAGGGCGUCUACGUGAAGGUCCCAAGGAGGAUCUGUGAAGGGAAGGGCAUGAAGCCCUUGCAGUUGAAGUGGCUGGACAUCAACAAGGGAGACGCGACCCAGGUGAAGGUCAGGAGCAGAUUGGUGGCGAAAGAAGUGUUCCAGGGCGACUACAUCGGCUGGUUGAAGGAGCAUGGUGCAGAGUUUUGUGCACUGUGCCCCGCAAUCUUCAAGAUAGCGGAGAGAAGGUUGAUUGGCCUGGUCCAUGGGGACGACUUCAUGGUGAAGGGCAACGGGGCCAACUUGCAGUGGUUGGACGGCGUGCUGAACACGCGCUACACGGCAAGGCUGGAGGCCAUGCUUGGCCGGGGCGCGGAAGAUGACAAAGAGAUGUUCUUCUUGAACAGGAAGAUCCGCUUCAAGCUGGAUGAUGCGGCGAGGUGGAAAUUGGAGUUGGAGGCGGAUGCAAGGCACGCGGAGAUAGUGAUGCGCUACUUCGGGUUCAAUGAGAAGACCAAGGGCGUGGACAUCCCGGAGGAGAAGAUGCGGGACGCCGAGAGAGUUGCUGAGGAGCGCCUGCCAGAGCUGGAUGCCGAGCAGGCGGUGGACUAUAGGAGCAUGGUGAUGCGCCUGGCUUAUCUGAGCCAGGACCGCCCUGAUUUGGGGCAUGCGGUAAAGGUGCUGAGUUCGGCAAUGAGGUCGCCGAAGCAAGGGGACAUGCAGCGGCUGAAGCGCGUGGCGAGGUACUUGGUGAAGGUUCCCUACCUCAAGAAGAUCUUCAAGCAGCAGCCUAUGAGAGAAAUGGAGGUCCGAGCUUGGUCGGACAGUGAUUGGGCUGGUGAUCCGUUGACACGGAAGUCGGUGACGGGGGCGGUGAUCAAGAACGGUGGCCACACCCUCAUGGUGCGCGGUGUGACACAGAAGAUCGUUGCGCUGAGCAGCUGCGAGAGCGAGUACUAUGGAAUGUGUCGGACGGCCACUUUGGCCGAGUUCGUGAGGAACGUGAUGGCCUUCUACAUGGGUGAGAAGGUGCCGGUGGUGAAGAUGCUGGUGGAUAGCUCCGCGGCGAAAGCCAUGACGGAGCGGAGAGGCGUCGGGAAGACGCGGCAUGUGCAAGCCCGGUACUUGUGGCUGCAGGACCGGGUGGCGGAGAAGGCGCUCAGGGUGGAGAAGACGCCUGGAGCGGUGAACGAUGCGGACGUGGUGACGAAGGUCCUGUCGGGUGGCGUCAUGAGAGGCCAUUUGACCCGAAUGGGAUUCGAGGCCAGUGACAACAAGGGUCACAAGGCCUUGUUCUUUUAG